AAUCUUCUUUAUAUCUUAAUAUCUGCACAUAUAAAUUUACUAGAGGAAGCAAGAGAGGUAUCCUUUCCAAUCGUUUGUAUUGAUGAAAACCUAGCUCAGAAUGCCGACAAUUGCAUAGAUCUUGCGAAGCGAGAAAUUUUGGACAAAUUGGAUAAAAUUAAGGGGGAAGUUCGGAAAUCGAUAGUAGAUGCCGUUAGAAGUAUGUUCGUAAAAACAGUAGCUACUUUGAAAAGCGACCUGGAAACUAAAUUGGCAUUCAUGCAACAGGGUUCAAUGACAGUAACUCUUGUUCAUAACUUUCAAUUCGAGCCAGUCAAAUCAAUUUCGAAUUUAAAAAAUUUGGAACAAAAUUUGGAAAAUUCAGAGUAUAUGGAGAAGUUUUACAACUAUUUGAAAUCUGUAAUUGGACCGCAAGGUGAUCCUUGCAAUGGGCUCAAUGUAUGCUACGAUUUAAUUGACAACAUCUUCGAACGGAAAUUUAUGGUUUUGUUUUCUUGGACGGGUACGAGCCGAAGCGAGCAACCAAAAUAUGCUAUCAGAGAAUUUAGAAACAUUCUCAGCGCUUUUUUUACUAUAGUGAAAAGUGUAAACAAUAAUUUUUCCAUCAAAAUGAUGGAAAGUUUUUUCAAAUCCAUCACCAAAAACGCGAAAAAACGAAGCGAAGCGAAGGGAUUGCGGAUGUCAACCGUUCAUCGUCGAACAAAGAAGCCGAAAGCUGGUACCACUAAUUUCUCAAUAGAUAAAAUCGCUAUCUUCAAUAACCAAUCUUCUGAAGAAAACGGGACAUGAACGAGUAGUCUUAAAGAGAAUGAUGAGAAUGACGAGAAUGGCGUAAGUGACGAAUAGGAACGAGGCUUGAGGAAAAUAUAUUGUUUAAUAUAUAUUGUAGAUUUAGUUAUGCGUAAGUUUAUCUGCUAUCAUAAUUAGUAAUCAUAAGCUUCAUGGUUGGUUGCAAACCCAUUUUUAAAUAAU